AUUCGGUCCUGUAAAUGGUUCCCUAGAAAACUUACACCGCAAUUCGGUCAAGGAACUGCUAGCCACCUGCGCCAUUCAUGUAAAUCACCUCUUCUCGUCUCCGCGGGGCCAAGUGGCCCAGUAAAUAACCCUCGACGAACCAUGUCUCAAGAUUCCGAAGCUCCACGGGCUCUGAAGCAGGACUUUUUACAAUGCCCAGUUACAGCCCUCGCCUUCUUUGAGUCAGCCAAUGGGCGUCAAUACGUCGUCGCGGGAGAAGACGCCUGGAUCAGGAUCUAUGAUCCCAAACUCUGUCGGCUGCGUGGACAGCUGAGGGUAUUUUCGUCGCAGGCGGUCCAUGGUAUGCAAGCCUCCUCGGCCGGGUUGCUUGUCUGGGGGGACAAGUCCGUGACAACCGUGCCGGCAGCUGCGCUGGAGGCCAUCCUCGAGGGCACCCAUGUUGAGGCACCUGUCGAGGCACAAGCCCCGGACUGGAUCUACGACGGCAGCUUGUCGCCGUACGACCCGCGGGUCGGUGUCCUCAUAACCGCCCAUAACGAGAUCGUCUCGUUUUCGGUGGAUUCGGUAGAAAACCGACACGUCAUCGUGUUCGGCGAGGUCAUCUCCCCCUCGAGACCGAUCCUUUACUCCGGUGCGGUUUCCUGGACUGCAGAAAGGUGUGUCCUGGUUGCAGCAGGGACCGUUUUCGGCGAGAUAGUCGUCUGGGAGUGCUGCUUUGAUGGGGAAAGCUCAUCCCGUUCCGAAGUUUUGUUUGUCCUCACCGGCCACGAGGGCUCUGUCUUUGGCGUUGACAUCUCGCCCGAGCUCGAGCUCACAACUGGCUGUAAGACGAGGUUGCUAGCAAGCUGUAGCGAUGACAGAACCAUCAGGGUUUGGGACAUCACGAGAGGCGCAGACCUAGCCAGGACCAUUGAUGGAGCCUACAUUAAGAGCCUGGGAGAGGCUCGAGAGACGGGCUUUACUGCUAGCUCUGAAAUAGAUGCAACGCAUGAUGUCGAUGCAUCAAGGUGCCUCGCAGCAACAAUGGGCCAUGGAUCGAGAAUUUGGCAUGUCAAGUUCGCCUGUCCCACAGCUCAUACUGGAACAUCAAUGAGCCCUGUCAGCGUGUACUCGUUUGGAGAAGACGCAACCGCACAGAAGUGGGCAUUAUGCCUAGGCGGAGACCGUCCCACGAUUCCUAGCAAGAGCGCUGUCCUCAACUCAUCCAAUUGGCUCCCAGGCGCGCUCAAUAACGUGGAAAAGUUUGUCUGCCAUAAAGGAAAGCAUAUAUGGUCCGCUGCCGUGACGACGGCAGGGAAAUCCGAUCCGCUCGUCACCACAGGCGGUGCUGAUGGCAAGAUCACUCUUCUUGGCUGGGUGGACAAGGAUGUUGCCACCGAUUCCACGAACAAGGACAACAGCAGCCGGAGUGUGUCCAACCUUACGGACGGCACCGUCUCGUUAUCUUACCAGGAUGUGUCCGAAUCAAUAUCGGGCACAGGAAAUUAUCUACCGGACGCCAGUCCCAUAGUCAAGAAGACGGCCAAGAACGGCUUCCUGCGAUAUGUCUUCCUAUCGGAAGACCGCCUCCUAGUCUCGACUAAGUCUGGAAGGACUCUGGUUGGGAACAUGGGAAAGGAAUUAUCCUGGGCUGAAGUGGAUGUCUCUGAUGCCGUCCGUGAAGACCUGAAAUCCCACAUCAUCUCCAGGAGCCCCGGUUUCGGUGCCGCAUUCCUGGGAUCUACAAGCGGACGACUGUACCUAUUCCGCGAAGAGCAUGGAAUGCAGGAGAUAGCAACCUUUUCCGGCAAGAUCGCCGAUCUCCUUUUCUUACCCAAGCCAAGUGAGAGGGCGGAGACCGCCAUCGCCGUGGGAUCAGGUGUGGAAAAGGAACGGGUAUUUACCAUAUUAGUGACAAUCCUUGGAAGCACCCAAGCCACGUUACUUACCUUCGCCAUAUCAGAAGAGAGCACCAGUGUCGAACGUCUGCCUAUCUGCCUAGAUAAGGGGGUUGCUACCUCUGCCGCCAUCUGUGGAGACUUCAUGGUGAUCGGAACGAGAUCGGGGGUUGUUGCGGUGUACACGAGGACUCCAGACGGCUUUGCCCGCCGAGCUUCUCGACUAGACUGCAAGAACAAGGACGCGGUGACCUCCAUCGUGACGCUCCCGCCACUGGAUGGAGAUACUGCUACUGGGUUUCUUGCCACUUUCCGCGACGGAAACUACCGAAUCUACGAGAUACAGGGCGACGAGGAUGAAGUGGCCCUCAUCCUUCGGCACGAAACAUCUCCUCCACUGGGGCCAAUACUCGAGGGGGCAUGGUUCGCUCAGACGCCGAACGGGGACUUGGACCUCAUCAUAUGCGGAUUCCGCAGCAGAAGCUUCGUCAUGUGGAACGAAACGAAGCAGCAGGAAAUUGCUGACGUCGAGUGUGGCGGCGGCCACAGGACUUUCGAUUACAUGUCGAACCGCGACAAAGUGGAAAGGAUGCGGUUCGUCUACACCAAGGCGUCGUACAUGGACAUUUACUCCCAGUCCCGGAUGUCGUUACGGACACUCAGGCCAGGCAGCCACGGCAGGGAGAUCCGAGCGGUGGCAACCAACGGGAAAUACCUAGCCACAGGGGGCGAGGAUACGUGUAUUCGCAUCUGGGAAUAUGCACACGAUGGCGCCCCGCCGGAAGACCUGAGGUGCCUUGCCGUAUUAGAGAAACACACCGCGGGCGUCCGGUGUCUCAAGUGGUACGGGGAGGAGUAUCUCAUCAGCUGCUCCGGAAAUGAGGAGGUCUACGUCUGGAGAGUGACCAGCCUCAGAUCCAAGUACAAAGGGCUCGCAGUGAUCUGCGAGGCCGUAUUCUCCGACUUCACCCCGUUGAGGGACCUGAGAAUCAUGGACUUUGUCGUUGGUGAAGGGGAGGAGGACGAUGACGGAAUGCAUAUCUCAAUGACCUUCUCCAACUCGUCCCUGAAGACGUACCGCUACUCGCAAGACCAGGGUUUCAAGCUCUUGGCUGAAGGGCUAUACACCGGGGCCUGCCUAACGCAGAUUCGUCAUCUUCGACUGCCUGGAGGCGCCAUGAGAGUCCUCACGGCUUCAACGGACGGGCAUGUGGCGAUAUGGAAAGGUGAGAAGAGCACACCACAAGACAAGACUUGUGAUAUAAGUCGCUACACCUUAGUUCUCGCCACCAAACUUCACCAGAAUACCAUCAUCAGCCUCGACAUCCGAGACGAUGCUACGGAGGGCGGCAUUAGCUGGCAAGUCGUCACCAGCGGGGAUGACAACGCUCUCGGCAUCCUCGAUAUCUCAUGGCGCGGGGAACACGCCAGCCUCACCGUCACCAGCCGCGCUCGAGUGAAAGAUGCCCACGCUGCGGCUGUGACCAGUGCCGUCAUAAUGGAACGGGCCGGACCUUCGACGUUGGUGGCCACCGUGAGCAAUGACCAACGCAUCAAGGUCUGGAGGAUAGAAAAGGUCCCCAGAAAGGGAAACCGGGUGGCCCUGGUCGAGAACCAAUAUAGCGCCAUUGCGGACCCUGGAGACCUGGAGGUGUUCGCGCCGGGGAAGCUGAUGGUCGCUGGUGUCGGGAUGGAGGCUUGGAGCUGGUCGCCACGGUCGAUAAUAUGACAAGUUUGAUAUCAACCUGUGUCAGAGGCAACGCCAACUAAGGGUGCUCGUUUAUAAACCUGCUCACCUCGAGGAUCUCACUGAUCUGACGUAGUAUUGCAAAGCCGGAUCCGAUAUUGGGGGGGACAAAAAAUGUACGCACACACCUGCGCAACCCCUCCCCCCCUUUUCUCGAUCUCGACCCCUUUCCCGCCAACCUCUCCACUACAAAGUGCAGGUUAGGUGUCCAUUAUUAGUGUAUCGACCUAGUCUGGCCCUGUAUACUACGUAAUUCUAAACAACUUCCUCUCUACUACCUGUCCGUGACUACCGAAG